GAACCCAACUUCAAGAAGCAACCGUUCUAAGAUGUUGAGAGGUGAAGGAAGCAAGCCAGCAUUCACAAAGAAGGAAAUAACAAGAGGAGCAAGGAGGAUACUCACGACACUAACCAAGGAGGAUGAGGAAGAGAUUGAGAGGGUGAGGGAAGAGGGGAGAACCAAAAGAAGGAAUGAUCCUCUCAGCAGUGAAAGCGAAGUAGGAGAGUUUGAAAUUGGAGUGAACAUCCCACAUGAGGAGAAUGAUGACUCCCCAAGUGAAGAAGAGAGUGAUGAGUUCAAUCAAGAGAUUGAGGAGAGUGAGCAUGAGAGCGAUGAGAAUGUGCCCAUGGAAGAGGAGGAGUCAGAGGAAGAAGAGGAUCAGCUCCCCAUGUACCAAGAGCAUUAUGAUGCUCUUUUCUCCAUGGACUUUGUGGAGACUAAGUACCCACAUGAUGACACAAUGAAGGCUCUUGGGAUCUUUGAUGAUGUAGAGUUGGUACUCAAGAACAUGCGCCUGGCCAAGUUCUUCUCUUACCGCUUGGAGUCAUACAAGGUGCUCACUUGUGAGUUCUUGGCAUCAAUGAGGUUCCACAAGUACAAGCAGCUCGAUCGAGCUGAGUUGGACCAAGGAUUGGGAUGGAUCACUUUCUUGGCAAGAGGAGAAAGGAAGGAUGAGCUCCAAAGGGUUUGGGCUACAAUCGCUGAUGGAAGUACUCUUCCUCAAGGUCUAAGGCAGCUCAAAUCAGGAGCCCAUGUUGAGAUAUGUGCACAAGGCUCUGCCAACACCUUCUUUGCAAGGAAGGCGACUGGGACAAUCAAUGAGGGAGAAGUCAAGUUCCUUGACAUGGGAAUCAAGCCCAUCAUCUCACGCACAAGUGAUGGGCAAAGAUCAGAGGAGAUAGACACGCAGGGAACCUCAUGCCUCUCCUUGAGCAGCUCCACCUACAAGACCACAGCCUACAACACUAGACAAACGAGGAAGAAAUUAAGUGUUGGAGGUCAUCACUCCUAUCCUUGUGUGAGCAGCCAGACAAGAGAGCCGAGGGAUUUGCGAGGAAGAGGAGCUGAGGAUCGAGUUGAGGACAACGCUCGAGUGAAUGAGGAUUUGGGUGAGCCUGAGUGCUAUUAUUUUGAGGAGUAUGAGGCUCCAAGGAUGAACCCCUCUGUUGUGGCUGCACACAAGAGGAUUGGACUUCUCCAAAAGUUCAACAAGUGGCAAGGGAAAGCCAUGAGAAGAUGCAAAAGAGUAGAUCUCUCCUCACCACUCCAAGGAGGCUCCCUGCCCAAGAGCCUCACAGAGCCUCUUCAUUUCGAGCCAAGGGAAAGGAGGACAACUCGCAGAGGAGGAGGAAGAGUUCCAAGACUCGACGCUCCAACUCGAUCGAGCAAGAGCUCGAUCGAGCUGAGGGUCGAGUUGACCUGGAGGAGCCCCUGUUUGAGAACCCUGGGUUCGAGUACGAUCAACCCAGUACCAGGACUUCUCUCAGACCCUGGACCCCUACAACCGCUUCGAGCAAGCACAGCUCCACCAAGGCCAAGGGAGCCACACCACUUUGAAGAUGAAGAAGAAGAGGAGGAAGAGCCACAAGCUCGAUCGAGUGAGCGCAAGAGCAACCCAGUUCGAUGGAGUGCUCCUGAUGGCCGUCUCCCAUCUCCAGACCACGACCUAGCCUCCCAGUUCUUUGGGGGGCACUGA